CAAUAUUUUUAGAACACAUGCGCGCAAUCAAGGUACUCCUCCUCUGAACCGUUGCUGUCAUCAUCGUCAUGCCGGCGAAGGACCUUAAGCAUCCAAAAGACACGCCUGAUCGCCAUGAUCGGCUCAUCCCGGCCGUGCCAGCGUACGCAACGGCGGGCAUCUACAUGUUCUUCUACCACCUGGCCCUGAGCUUCUUGCACCUGAUUGGCGUGGGCCGCCCCUGCCCAUACAAGCUCGGGGUCCGCCGCGACAACAACACCGUUGUCGGGCAGUCGUGCCGCUCCCUCUUCUACGUCCUGUGGAACUCCCGCAUCCCGGAGGGCAGCCGCGUCCUGGUGACGCCCUUCCACCACUCGUCGUUUGUGCGCAUGAUGCGCGACUCUGGGCGCGAGCUCGUCGUGUGCGAGCAGAGGAACAACGAGCUUGUAGAGCCCACGGAGUACGGCCCGCGCGACUUCAACGCCGUCGUCAUCACGCACAUGCUCGGCCGCGACUUUGAGUGCGAAUGGCUCAAGCGGUGGAAGCGGGAGAACCCGGCGCUGCUGGUGAUUGAGGACCGCGUGCAGGGCGGCCUGCUCAGCAUGGAGGACCCAGACCUGUGCGACGUGUCCCUCUACUCGACAGGCCAGGACAAGCUGCCAAACUUCAUGGGCGGCGGGUUUGCGCGCGUGCACAGCGCCAAUCACCCGACCCUGUACGAGGACAUGGCCACCGCGCUGGAGGCGCUGCCCUUUGAGUCCGCGUGGGCGCGGUUCACGUUCCUGGUGAAGAAGAUCCCAACAGUGCUCAUGUACAACUGGCGGCCCGCCACCAUCGCCGCCGACGCACUCGCACACGUGCUCGGCUUCUCUCGCUGCGCACUCACGGACACGUAUCGCAAGAAGAACCCCGGCUUCAUGCACCACGGGUUUGCCAUCCGCCCCUCUGCCGCCACGCUCCAGUCCAUGGACACGGUGCUGGAAACAGACACGUGGGAGGAGAUGCAGAGGGAUUGCACGCGCAAGUUCCGCCUCUUCCUCGACAACGUCGAUGCAGACGUGCGCGCACACGUGAAGCCGUUUGCUGCAGACACGUCGUGCUGCUACUUCUUUGUCCGUCUGCCCGAUUGCGCAGAGAGCAGGGAGAUGCUGGCGCAGCGUGGCAUCAUCACCAUCAGCAACCAGACGUACAUCGCCCUCAGCAGCAAGCACGCGCCCAUCUUGGACGACAUGGUCCUGCUGCCAAGCCUCAUGCCGCUGCGCAGCGACGAAAUCAAGACACUCGCCAAGCACGUCUCUGACACGUGGCGUGUUGUUGGCGCCGACAAGAUGGCCCAGCACACGCAGCCGCCCGUCGUCCAUAUCCAACCCACGCUCGUCUGAGCGCAGGGGAUCGUUGCCCGUGUUUGGCGCUGUGUUCGUUUGCUUGUUUGCUUGUUUGUUCUGUCGUGUUCGCUGGCCUGUCGUGUUCGCUGGCCUGUUGUGCUUGCUUGCCUGCUUGCCUGUCUGCUUGCUUGCCUCGUUUGCUUGUUUGUGUGCUUGAUUGUUCGUUCUGCUGCAACGUAAUUGUUUCGUUUCUCCGCUGCAUUGCACCGAUGCUCUCGCACAUGUUGAUGCUGUGGUUUGUCUGCUGGCAUCUCGUUGUUCUGCUGCUGCUGCUGCUGAUGAUGAUGAUGAUGUGUUGAAGUUGCUCUUUUUGCUCCUUUACCUUCCCGUGGUGAUGCAAUGAACACAAGAGCGAACAUCUUACUUGAUGAUGUAC